AUGCCUGCGGUCAGGGAGAAACUCGGCCUCUCCUCGGUGGAUGGGCAAAAGUUGUCGCAGCCGCGUUCAAACAGACCUCGCCCACCGACAUUUAUAGAUACGAGUCCAGAUUAUCCGACGGAACAGGCUCGCAGAGCCACUUUCAGGACCAAGCAAGGCAAAAAGCUGACGGCGUUCCAAUGGGCAGUGUACGAUUUCACGAGAAAGGUACCCUGUGGGCGGGUAACAACGUACAAGGACGUUUGUACUGCUAUUGGCCGAGGAUCCCCCCGGUCCGUAGGAGCUGCUCUUCGGAACAACCCUUUUGCACCCUCCGUACCGUGCCAUAGGGUCAUCGCAUCUAAUUGUUACGUGGGUGGAUUCUUUGGCGAAUGGGGGGCCAGUCGAUGCAGCGCGAAGAUUCAUAUGCUUACCAACGAAGGUGUGGAGUUUACGACCGAUGGUUAUCUUGCAAACAAAGGCGUGGUUUGGAGAGGAUAA